AUGGCAUCUUUUCAAGUGCAGCCUCCGGAAAAAUUUACGUUCAAGCCAGAAGAUUGGUUGAAAUGGAGUCGGAGAUUUGAGCGAUUUAGGAUGGCGUCUGGUCUCGAGAAAGAAAGCGAAGAAAGCCAAGUUAAUACCUUGAUUUAUUCAAUGGGUAGCGAAGCGGACGAGAUUGUGCAAUCUCUCAGUAUCGCUGAAGGCGACCAAAAGAAAUACGAUGUUGUUAAAAAGAAAUUGGAAGAUUUUUUCAUCACCAAGAGAAAUGUAAUCUUUGAGCGAGCUAAGUUUAACUUGCGAAGUCAGCAGGAAGGAGAAACCGUCGACGUGUUUAUUACGGACUUGUUCAACCUUGCAGAACAUUGUAAUUUCGGUGUUUUACGCGAAGAAUUGAUCCGUGACCGUAUUGUUGUUGGAAUUCGGGAAUGGAAUAAUGUGUAUCAUUAAAUUUACUUGGUAAAAUCAAUGAGGUGGAAAAUUCUAAAGCACCAAAAGAAAGCAAAUAUAAGCAACAAAUAAUAGAUCAAUAUCCCAAAUUAUUUAAGGGCUUAGGAGAGCUUGAAGGGGAAUAUGAGAUAAAAUUAAAAGAGUUGCCAGAACCUUUUGCUUUGAAUGUGCCAAGGAAAGUACCUUUUCCAAUGUUAGAUAAAACCAAGAAAGAAAUCGAGCGAAUGUUAAAAAUAGGCGUUAUUUCCAAAGUAGAUCAGCCAACAGUCUGGUGCGCCCCCAUGGUAGUUACACCAAAACAAAAUGGGGAGGUUCGAAUAUGUGUUGAUCUGACCAAAUUAAAUAAAAGUGUUUUGAGAGAAGCGUAUCCUCUCCCAUCAGUUGAUUUCACACUAGGGAAGUUAUCAAAAUCUAAGGUAUUUUCAAAAUUAGAUGCAAAUAGUGCCUUUUGGCAAAGAAAGCUCUCAGAAUCCUCACGUUUACUAACUACAUUCAUUACACCUUGGGGACGAUUCUGUUUUAAUCGGCUUCCCAUACGGCAUUUCUACUGGAAGCGAGCAAUUUCAGAAAAGCAUGAAUAACGUCUUAGAAGGGUUAAAAGGGGUCGAGUGUGAGAUUGACGACUUAUUAGUCCACGGAGAAUCACAAGAGCAGCAUGACUCUAGGUUGCAUUCAGUUUUGCAGAGACUACAGGAGUCCAAACGUACUUUAAACAGGGAUAAAUGUGUAUUUAGUGUCUCCACGAUUAAGGCAUUAGGUCAUGUCAUUUCAUCUGAAGGGGUAUCCCCAGACUCUGACAAAGUUAAAGCCAUUUUAGAUAUUCCUGUACCUACAAAUGUUGCCGAAGUAGAUCUUUCAUGGGUAUGGUGAAUCAAUUUAAUAAGUUUACAAGUCAUCUCGCAUCCAAAUCAAAACCACUUAGAGAUUUAUUAUGUAAAGAUUCUGUUUGGUAUUGGGGGGAUAAGCAAAAUGAGUCAUUUAAUGAUCUAAAGAAAUGUUUAAUUUCUGUCCCAAUUUUGGCUCUUUAUGACCCAAACAAAGAAACUAAGAUAAAUGCAGACGCAUCUUCUUACGGUAUAGGAGGGGUAGUCUUGCAGAAACAAGAAAACAAUGAGUGGAAACCCGUUUCUUACAUUUCACGCGCACUUACAGAUACAGAAUCUAGAUAUAGUCAAAUUGAAAAAGAAUGCUUGGCAUUCACGUGGGCGUGCGAGAGAUCGAGUGAUUAUAUUUUAGGAAAAUCAUUCUCAGGAGAAACUGAUCACAAACCAUUAGUACCAUUACUGACCACCCAUACCCUAGACCAAAUACCACCACGAAUCCAAAGGUUCAGAAUGAGAUUAAUGAGAUUCAACUUAGAGAAAAUGACGCAUGUACCUGGUAAACAAAUGUACACUAGUGAUGCCCUAUCGAGAUUGUUAAAACCAUUCACUAAACCAGAUUGUUGUACCGUGCCAGAAGACGACAUGAAUGCGUUUGUUGAAACUGUGAUUAACUCGUUGCCUGUCUCAGAUAAGAAACUGAAAGAAAUUAUCGAAGCUCAAGAAGAGGACGAAGUGUGCAAGAAAGUUAAGCAAUACUGUCUCGAAGGAUGGCCAGACAAACAUAUGGUUCCAGAUGCUGUGAAGUCAUAUUGGAGAGAAAGAGGAGAACUUACGGUAGUCCAAAGCUUAAUUAUGAAAGGAACAAGAAUAUUGAUCCCAUCCUGUAUGCGAUUGAAUGUCUUGGACAAGAUUCACGAAGGACAUUUGGGAAUUACGAAGUGUCGAGAACGUGCAAAGCAGUCG